AUGGCUCCACAACAAAAGGACGCCAAAAUGAGUGCCGGACAGAGACCUCAACUGUCCACAGGCAGACGCCCUGACAUCAUCGGGGAUGCGAAUGUUGCCGUUCCGAAUCUGACUCCGGAACAAAAAGCCCAAGGUCAAGCCGAUUUGCAAAAAUCGAAGUGGGCGACGUCAGUAGACCAGUACCAGGACACCUGGGAAAACCUGCUGGCGAACAAAGGGGGGCCGUCUUGCAGCCAAAUCAUCAAGGCGGCAGUACCUGCAGCCAUGUCGGGGCCCAAAAGACAAGCACCAGCUCCGACAGACAACAAACCCACUGCAGGGAAGCAGGAGUCGAAGGGCAAACAAAAAGAUACCACGCAAACUUCGACUCCCCCCCAGAGACUUGACCGGGCGGACGGUGGUCACAAACCUUCUCAGAAGGGUUCGUCGGGCAAAGCUCUCAGCACCAAUCCACCGAAACCCGCCGUCAGCGUGGCAGUAGGUGAAGGCCCUUCGGACAGCCGUCGUCCGCCGCCUGUUAUGAGCCAACAGGCCAAACAAACUUCCACUCCUCCUCCGGCCAGCGUCAACGACAACGACGCCAACACCGAGAUUGCCAGAAAGAGACGCCGACGAGGAGGUCGUGGAAGAGGGGGCAAGAAAGACAACGAGGCUUCACCAGCCAUUGCCCCCGCCCCCAGCCAAAGUACCUCCCAGCCAAGUCCAGCAAAGGGAAACGGCCCAAACAAAGAGUCUGCUGCUGGUGGUGCCGACAAGAAAACCAGCAAGCCAGCAGCCACAGCCAGUGCACCACCAAAGACGCCAUCAUCCACCGGCGCAGCUAGAAAAGCAGCAGACUCAAAACUUGCACAGCCAGCGUUGACUCAACCCCCUGUUCAGCAGCCAAAUCAACAACAGGGUGGAGUCAGAGGGAACGGACAACAAGCACCUCAACACCCAGGUGCUUCGAAGGGCAGCUCGGCAACACCAUCCACCACCAAGCCCAAGCCCGUCGCCAAUGUUCCCAGAGUCAACGAGACCACUGGCAAUGACCGCAAGGUCAUCGGGACGCCAGUCAACCAACAGCGUCCCGUUGUGCAAACUCGCUUCGGUCCUCCAGCACAGGCUGGAGGCGCCGCGACCACGGGGGUCGCGGAAAGAAGCAUGGCUGUGCAGAGACCCGCCACUGGGCCAAUCGGUGGUUUUGCGGUUACUGCACAGAACGCACCCGUUCAGCUCGGCUGGUCACCGAACAUGAUGGGUGAUUCUCGUGCCCGGAGGUCCGGGGCAGCCAUGCCCCGUCUCGCAUCCGGUUGGGAAGGGUAUCAGGACAGAAUCAACGUGUCUGGAGCAAUCCAAGACAUUUACCUGUACGCUGGAGACAGGUUGGACGUUGACAAGUUCAAUGCCUACGUUGAAAGCCCCUGCCAUUCGGUAGAUGCAAAGGUCAACUGUCUCAAAGAGAUAGUCGUUACCAUGGACCGAGUUGUGACGGAGAAGCACAACUCGGCCAUGUCCAUCAAAGCGGAACGUGACGCCUUCCGCGACGACUUUGACCGGGCUAAAGCGCAAGCCGAAGAGUACGCUGAGAGGCUCUCGGCUGAGCAGCUGCAACGCGAGCAGUUGGAGCAGCAGAUCGAAAGCAUGCGCCAUUCCGUGGCCGGUCUCCGCAAGGAGAUCGUUAAAAAGGAGAGUCAUCUUGACUCUGCUGAGGUGGAAAUCUCCCGCCUCAAAGACGAUCUUGCUGCAAACGACGGUUUGCUCGAAAAGGCCGCCACAAAAACUGUAGCUCACGCUACAGAGGCGGCCUCCCAACAGAAACAGAUAGUUUCUCUCCAAGGCGAGGUGGAGAAGCUGUCUGGCGAGCUCAGUGGCCUCCGGGCCAAAUUCACCCUUGCCGACUCAGAACGCAAGACGUUGGCGGAGGAGAUUGCCAAAAGCCCGUUGCAGAGCGAAAACGAGCUUCUCCGGUCCCAACUUUCCGAAGUUAGGGGCCAGCUCGACCCUGCGAACCAGGUCCGCAAUGACCUGGAGGCUGAGCGUGCAGCUCACAUCUGCUGCCAGCCUGUGGAGAGUGGCAAUCCAACCCCCGUUACGUUGAGCAUGGAGUUGGGAGGGUGGGGGGUCGGACAGGACAACCGUGCUCUGUCGGACGAACAGGAUGGUGGACACGAAUGCAGCAGCAGUCAGCCAUCCCCUCCAGCAUCCAGUGCUUCUCUGUACGGUGAUGGCAACACCGUCUCUAUGUCUACCCAGACGGACGAGGUGGAAGUCAUUGAGACUUCCACACAGACCGAAGAAGUGGCUGUCUCUCAAGUUGAGACAUCUACACAGACAGUCUCCACGGAGGUCGUUUCGGCCUCGACUCAGACUGUCGCCGUGGAUGUCUCAACGAGCGAGGCUUCCACCCAAACGGCCUUGACCGGUGAUGUUCUAUCACUCGUCGAGGCGGAAGCGAGAGUUGCUGGCGUCCAUCAGACGGUGGAAACAAAGGACGCCCUUGUGCAGACAGGCAUGUUGGCCGAAGUCCCUGGAAGCGGAGCCUGGUGGCGUAGGCUGUUCCUCGCCCUGCUCGUGCUUACCUGGGCGGUCUUCGUUCUGUGGAGCAGCCGUGGUGAGAGAUAUGCUUGGGAAGUUGCCAACGACACGUCUCGUACCUCUGUCGCUAGCAUUCGAUCCCAGUAUGUCUUUCCCUGGUCGCUCAUGACCGAGAAGCUUAGCUACUCGAUCAUACAGCACUUUGAUCGGGUUGUUCCUGGGUGA